AUGCUGCGGCUGCACACUCUCAUCACGGCAUGCUGCCUCUUCCUCCUAUCGGCGCUUGCUGCGUUUGCUCAAUCGACUUCAAGCGACUCGCUUUUUGCAGACUCAGCAUGCAGUUCUAACCUGUGUCUGCGCGUCGUCUACAGCCCCUCUGAACAGAGGUACAAUAUGACCAUGACUGCCAGCGGCGGUGGGGCUCCCAUCGGCUGGCACGCUGUCGGCACUGGUAGUCAGAUGGACAAAUCCAACAUGAUGAUCGGAUGGGUCGACACUGCCGGUAAUGUUGUCAUGUCCCAACGUACAACCUCAGGCCAUGAUACCCCAAGCACCAGCAUCACAGCUCUAGCUGCCAAUCUCGAGCACAGGUUUUCCUUCUCCAACAGCUCUGGCACCGUCUGGGCAUGGUCCUUCCCAUUGUCCGCCUCUGAUCCAGCUCCCAGCACCACGACACCUUUCAUCUGGGCCAGCAAUAAGAACGACAAUCCUGCAGCUAGCACCACCGCCAGCAUCCAUCGUCACAAUGCGUACGGCUUUUUCAAUCUCGACCUUACAAAGCCCUACGACUCUGCCUCAAGCUCCAGCAGUGCCAGCGGAAGCGGUUCGCUCAAGCCGGGCUCGAAUCAGAAUCGCGGCAGACGUAUCCUCAACAAGCGCAACAAUGUCAUCAUCGCCCACAUGGUCUUUAUGAUUGUAGCUUGGUUCUUGUUGGUACCUGCUGGCAUCCUGAUCGGUCGAUACGGAAGGACCAUGUUCAAGUGGUUCCCAGUCCACCGAGCCGUGAUGGCCACUGCCUUUCUGUUUGUCCUGAUCGGCUUUAUCAUCAUUGUCGCUCAGACCUCUUCGUCCGGCGGUGAGCACUUUGACAGUACCCACGCCAAAGCUGGUCUGGCCAUCUUUAUCAUUAUGAUCCUCCAGAGCCUACUCGGUGUCUUGGGCCACAAGACCAAACGUUUCAACCCAUCCAGAAUUGUCCAUGUCGUCAUUGGACUUGGCGUUACCGUGUUGGCCAUCUGGAAUGCUACCGAGGGGUUGAGCCUGUGGUCUUGGGGUGCACCACGAUGGGCGGGGUGGAUCCUGUGGGUCUGGGCAAGUCUUUUGGCACUCGCUUAUCUCGCCGGCUUGGCCUUCUUGCCCCGAGACUUGCGACAGUGGCGAGCAGAGCAGAGCAACUCUCAGGAGAAGCAGCGCAAUAGCCUCGGCCUUGGCGAGUUUUUGCCUGGAAGGGCCAGCGUGUCGACCAAGCAAGGUUCGCCUACUCAUCAGCCUGGCUCACCUCCGCUACAGACAGCACCGUCUCGCGCGUAUCAGACGUAUUCACAGCAAGCACAUGCCCCGGGCAACCGCCUCUGA